GCGGAGUGCGAGGGACGAGAAGAGUAAGAUUUCCACAGGCUGGGACCCAACAGCGUGCCAACUCCCACCUCCGCUUUCUCCAUCCACACCUGGAGGCUGCUUCACGAGUGCCGGACUCAGCUGACGCCGGCUAAUCAGCUUUCGCUGUGCCUCCCGGGCUCAGAAGCCCAGUGGCUGCGGCGCCCGAGACGGGAAGCCCACAGGCAAGCUUAGUUCUGUUCUACUUUAAGAGAGAGAAAGUCAUAUGCCCUUUUUAUACUCCUUCUUCAAAACUCAUCUCUUCGGUGGCUGCCAUUCUAAUGGGGACCAGGUGCCAUAGAUCACACCUAUAAUACCAGCACUUGGGAGUCUGAGGCAGGUGGAUACCCUGAGCUAAGAAGUUCAAGACCAGCCUAUAAAGAGCAAGACCUUGGGCGGCACCUGUGGCUCAGUGGCCUUCCUGGCGCUGGGUCAAUACUUGAAACAUAAAGAAAAAUUGCGGAGCAUGGCGCCCGUGGCAAGAUAAUAGAAUGGAUACAACCUUGGUGAAGAUGAAGAGUAUACAAUAUUAGAGGAAAUAUUUUUUUUUUCUUUUCAAAAGUGUAGUUUGGUGGCUUGUCUCCAGUUAUCAUUUUUCAGCCAAGUCUGUUUGCUCCAUCAGAAAUGUUUUUUACAAUCUCAAGAAAAAAUAUGUCUCAGAAAUUGAGUUUACUGUUGCUUGUAUUUGGACUCAUUUGGGGAUUGAUGUUACUACACUAUACUUUUCAACAACCAAGACAUCAAAGCAGUGUCAAGUUACGUGAACAAAUACUAGAUUUGAGCAAAAGAUAUGUUAAAGCUCUAGCAGAGGAAAACAAGAACACAGUGGAUGUCGAGAAUGGUGCUUCUAUGGCAGGAUAUGCGGACCUGAAAAGAACAAUUGCUGUCCUUCUGGAUGAUAUUUUGCAGCGCUUGGUGAAGCUAGAAAACAAAGUCGACUAUAUUGUUGUGAAUGGCUCAGCAGCCAACAGUACCAAUGGGACUAGUGGGAAUUUGGUGCCAGUAACUGCAAAUAAAAGAACAAAUGCGUCAGGCAGCAUCAGAUAGCAGUCGAAGAUCACCUUGUGCUGCUAUAUCCACUGUGGAUUGUAUCCUUUGGCAGAAAAGCUUUUUAAUCGCUGGCUAGGACAGUUCUACAUGCUUUCAAGGAAUAUGCUGGAUUCAUGGAACUCUAAUUCUGUAUAUAAAAUUUUAAAAGUAAUUAGUUUGCUUUCAGGCAAGUCUCUUCACAGCUGUACUGUACCUUAAAGGGAAUUUGGUAACAUGGUUGACAUAGUGAGCAGAUAUAGAUGAUUUUGUUUAAAUCUAUUGUGUUUUGAGAUAAAGCUGAAACAAAAACACUAAAAGAUGUGGAUUCAUUUCAGUAAAAUAUUUAUUUAAGUAUAAAACAUGUUUUUCAGAUAAGUGAAGAAUAUUGUUUGAUCAUUUCUGUUAUUUGUUCUCAGUAGAUAGAACUGUUAGAUAAAGCCUAUUAGAAAAUGUGCUUACUUCCAGUACUAUGUUUUGUUAGUAAGUGUAUGAGCAGAGGAAUGAAAUAUAAUGUUGAAAAUAAUGUUUUGAAACCAUGACCCAAAGAAUGUGUUCAUUUGCACUAUUCUUCACAAUAACUGAAGGUUUAAUUAUUGUCUAUUAAAAAAAUUGCAUUUGUAAUUUAUAAUCUUUCUGAAGUGGGUAGCAGCCACUGUGUGUAAACUUUUCCAAAUACUGGGGCAGUUUAUUAACAACAUUAAAAUAGUAGUAAACAAGGCGGUGCCUGUGGCUCAGUGGGUGGGGCGCUGGCCCCAUAUAAAGAGGGUGGUGGGUUCAAGCCCAGCCCCGGCCAAACUGCAACAACAACAACAAAAAAAUAGCUGGGUGUUGUGGCGGACGCUUGUUAGUGCCAGCUACUCGGGAGGCUGAGGCAAGAGAAUCACUUAGUCCAGGAUUUGGAGGUUGCUGUGAGCUGUGUGACGCCACGGCACUCUACCAAAGGCCAUAAAGUGAGACUCUGCCUCUACAAAAAAAAAAAAAAAAAGUAGUAAACAGUAAUCUUAUACUAAAAAUUUUCUUAUAUUCUGAAGAGUAAAAGAUAUUUUUUAUCAUGAGAUUAAAAAUAAAGUAUUCAUGAUUUUUCACUUACGUGAAUGUUAAAAGUUUAACACUUCAAGUUUCUGUGCUAUCAAGAAAGCACAUUAUUUCCAUAUUUGAGUAAUUUUUGCUUUUAUUAUGUUGGUAAGGGAAGAAGGGACUCUUUGGCCAGAUGUAUAUAAUAAGGGUACUUGUGCUACAAUAAAUUGCUUGGAAAAUGUUAACAUUAUAUUGUAUAAGAGUAUCCUGCUUUAUGAAAUUUGGAUUUGUAUAAAAUACAUUAAAGAAUCAUUUUAUUUAAUGACCACUUAAUUAAGAACAUUUAAAAUAUAAAUUAUGAAGAUUGACUAUCUUUUCAAGAAAAAAAGCUGCUGUAUAUAAGAAAUUAUGAUCUUGGGUAAUUCUAGUAUAGAAUAAAGUACACCUUUAUUUAAAUUUCUCUUUUAGCAGAUCUAAUUGCCAUAUGGUGCCCUGUAUGUUAUAAUAUUUAUUCUUUGUAAUAACUGCUUAAGUGCAGCUAGCUUCUAGAUUCAGAAUAUAUUGGAUUUAGUUUGGGAUAUUAUAUUGUUCGUUAUUAUAUAAUAUGCUACCACAAGUAGCAAUAAUUGUAAUAUUUUAUUAAAAUAAGUAUGUGAAAAUACUAUUUCAUGAAAGAUAAUUUCCAAACUCUGUUCUCUGUACUUUACCUUUAUGUGAAGAAAUUAAUUAUAUACCAUUGCCAGGUGAAGCUUGGAAUAGUGUUCAGUCUCUUUUAUCAGACAUAGACAUUUUUAGUUUUUGUUUUCAGGGAUGAAAUAAAAUAUAUCAUUUGUAUUUAUGAAGUGUUUUUUUCUUUCACAAUAGUUGUGCAUUU